AUGUCAGCUACCGAUAUUCUUACUGCUGGGACUUGUCAGAACUUGCUGGAUAGUGUCCCACCUGUUGGAGGGAUGGUCCAAUGCAUUGGGAUCCAUCCUGUCCUAAUGCCUGCAGUUGAAGAGCAUGCUGUCAGACUCUGUUUGACCAUUAGUGAUGGCAACAACUGUCUGGAUGUGGUUGCUAGCUUCAACUUGGCCUCUGACGUGGUGCAGGGGUACCUCAGGCUCUAUGACAUUAUCAGAAUUAUCAGUUAUGAAACAUUUGUUUGUUAUGAGCACAAAAUUGUCAUUCUCAAGCAUGUAACUGGACCAUACUUGUCUAUGGGGAUCAUCAGACAGCCUACAAUGUUGUCGGUCCAGGACAGUUGA